AUGUCUAGCAUCAAAUCAAGGAAAUCUCGAUUUAAUUCAUUCGAGUUAAGUGAUUCUGAACAAUCAACUCAAAGUCUUACAAAUAUGAUUGUUGAUCUCCAAAAGUUUUUCCCAUCGAUGCCAUUAGAUUUCACAGAAAUUGAUUCAAUGAUAGAGAAUUCAAAACAAGCAGUCAAAGAAGAAGAAUUUCCGGAUAUACAAAUCUACAAUAUAAAAUUAAUUAGUAAUAUUCGAGCUAACAUGGUUUGCAUUGAAGCAUUAAAAAGUAUAAGAUCGGUGAUGAAGGAAAUAAGACAGAAUGUGGCAGAGACAAAUUGGGAUCUCUUAGUGACGAAUGGAUUCAAAGUUCAGGCUUAUCAUUCAUUUGUUUAUACUCUAAUGAAACUUAUUGAAGUUGUACCUGAUGAUAAAAUUAACAGAGACUUAGCAUUUAAUGCUGGCCGAACAUAUUUCAUGCUUCUUGCCUUACCAGGAGCUAAACGAUGCCUCAUAUGGGAUGAAAGACUAGUUUUGGAAUUCUUCAAACUUUUUGAUUUUGAGCCAUCAAGACAGGAAGAUAAGCGCACGUCCUCUCAUGAUUAUGACGACCGUUUUAUAGAAAUUCAAAUCAUCCAAAUGCUCAAUGAAUGCCAAAUUGUUUUCAACAUUGUCUGUUUGAGUGACCAAGAAAAUAUCUUAGAGAAAUAUCUCGAGAUGUUAAAGAGUACUCUGAGUAAUUUCAUGUCAAAUACUACACAAUCAGCUUAUGACAUUUUAAUGAAGUGCUAUGAAAAUCUAGAAGCUUUAUGUCUCUGGCCAUUACCAGAUAAAGAGAUUGAAAAGGCAACUUAUCUGAUGUUUUGUAGGACAUUAGAACUUCAUUUCAAGACACCAAAAAAUUUUAAUCGACAUUCCAAUACAAAACAUGGCGUGUCGAUCUCGGAAUUUAAUCUUUAUCUACUUAAAACUUAUCCAGAAAAAACCAAAAACAUAAUAUUAAAAUUUAUAAAAUCGAUUUUAUCCAAUCUCAAUCAUAAAUUUGAAAGAGAACAUUUUCAAAAGCUUUUGGAUAUAGCUGUGAAAUAUGAGCAAACAAUUUAUUACCAGUUUAAUGAAUCGAUUGUCGACUACUUGGAGAAACUUGUUUUAGCUGCCGACCAUCGACAAAGAUUAAAUGGAACAGAAUUUUGCGGUAAAAUGUUAUUGAAAGGUACUCAGAAUGAUGGAAGUCAACAAUUACUUCACAUCAAUGACAUUCCUCGAGAAGUUUAUUUAAUUAAAAUGCUUUUCGAUAAAGUUUGCGACAAACAAGAUAGUGUUAAACUAAAAGCAUUGACAUCAAUUAAAGCAGCUUUAUUAAAUGGAAAUGACAAUUGCAAGAAGAUUUUUGAUGUUUUUUUAAAAAAUAAUUUAACAGAAGACAAUCCAGAAAUUGUAGAAAUUCUCCAGGAAUCAUCGAGAGAUUUUCAGAACAAUUUAUUGUCGCUUCUUCAGAGAAGUUCAUCAACUUACAUCAGAAGAACUUGUCUGGAAAUUUUAGGACAAAACUGUGAAGAACAUCUCAACAAUGAAAUCUUUUUUGAAACUUUGACAAUGCUCAGUGACGAUUCUUCAUACCUGGUUAAGAUUCAGCUUAUUGAAGUUGUUAAUUUCUUGAUAGUCAAACAUCCAAAGAAUAAAAAUAUCCUCGAGGUAUGGUUGGAAGUUAUACUAAAUUUAGCUAGAGAUAAUGACAACAAGAUUGUUGAUGCGUCUGUUAAGUCAUUAACUGAAUUGUUACAAAGAAUAGAAUCAUUCGAAAAUACUUUAAAUGACUUGCAUAUGCUUCCUUGGACUAUAAUUCGAUUGAUAAUGGCAAGAGGCAAGAGAAAUGUUCUUAAAAAUGCUAUCAAUAACGUAACAACAAAAAUUCUUUCACAAGAUAAACUCAGAAAAAUCGAAACUCAUAUUUUUACUUCUCAUAAGACUGAAGCUUGGUGCAUUCUCUCCAUUGUUGCUAAAAGAAUGAAAUCUAACAAUCCUGAUAUUGUUGUGAAAACUUUUCUCGAUCAAGUUGAUCAUCUUGAUGAUGUUUCGUACGAUUCUUCUGAUUUUUAUUUAAUUCUUGAAGUCAUUCAUAAUUGGAUAGAAAGUUUCAAUGAUCAUUCAAAGACACAAAUUGUGAACAGCAUCGAAAGAGUUCUAGAAUCUGGUAGAUGCAGUAUCAGCUUUGUAAGUCAUCUUUAUGAGACUUGCUGCUUAACUCGAUCCACUUUGUUCACAAAAGACGAAAAUUUGAAGUUUAUUGAACAUUCGAAUGAAAGUUCACUGAAUCAAGUUAUAAAUAAUCUUGAAAGCUUCUCUUCAAGUUUGUCUGAUGAAAAAGUUUUAAAUUUUAUGUUGCUUUAUUGUGAAACAAACACAGAUCUCUCUCAACAUCCAGACCAAAGAAUUAUUACCUUUUUAUUUGAGUUUUUGAAGAAAGUUGUUAAUGGUGACAUAAACAUUACAACUGAAAAUGAUGUGUCAAGAAAACUUAACUGUUGCAUUAUAAUUUUGACUAGAUUUGCUGUGAGAGAUGCUGAACUUGCUUCUGAAUUAUCACCAAAAUUAGGAAUGUUACUUCGUAAAUUAUCCAUGCAUAUUCGAGUCAUUAAAACUUCUAUUCAAUGUCUUAAUGAUCUCUGCAAGAAGCAUACAUCAACUGUUGCCCCCAUCUUCAAUGAAGUCAUUUAUAAACUUCAGUCUUCAAAUGAAGAGAUUCGUUUAUGUGCUUUGGCAAAUAUAUACGACUUGGUAAUGCAAGACUUCAUUAAGAUGAAAGGUCGCGUUUUAUUGAACUUCCUAGCUUGUCUUGUCGAUAAAAAUGAAAUGAUUCAAAUGAGAAGUCAAGCAGCAAUUUUAAGUUACACAAAUGACAAAAAUCCAAAUCUUUUGUAUACUUGCUUUAUUGAAUCUGUUUUUCUUUUUAAUGAGUUCAUCCAAACUGAGACGUUUGGUGUGUUUCCACUUGAUGAAAUUGAUCGAAACCAUCAUUUGUUGUAUGGAAAUGAUAAAAAAGAGCAACGAUAUGAACUUUAUCACUUUUUCGUUCAGAAUAUUUUUGAUUUAAAUGAAGCACAUUUGUUGAUGUUGUUAAAGCAAAUUAUUGUUCUUAAUGAGAAGUUUGAAAAGAAAAAGAUAAAAAAGGAAGAAAAUGGAAUUCAAGCAUUUGAAGAUUUGUUAUAUAUUUUUAAACUUAUUUGUAAUAAGAGUGAGGAAUGUAAGUUAAAUAUGAAUAAGACAAAUGACAAUCCUGAAUAUAUUGACAACGAUCAUGCUGAUGAAGUGCAGCAGACAAGCACAUCAAAGGCGAAAGUCGACAAAAAAGGCAACAAAAUGACGCUCAACGACGUCACGCCAAUUUUGGAAAAAAUGAUUUUAAUAUAUCCAUCAUUUGCCAAACACAUGAUUAAUUAUGAUGAAAAGUUAGAAAAAGAUGUUGACGAAUUGACAGCAGCAAUUGUGAGAAAUUUCGCUCCACUUGUUGAGUAUUCUGCUCAAGCAUCUUUCUGGAAUAUUUCUCAAGAGAAUAAUAAAAAGAAAACAAACAGAAAUAAGAAACAGAAGCAACUCAGAAAAACAACUGUCAAUGAAAAUGUUAGUGAAAGCAGCAGUGAUGAAGAUAGUUAA